AAUUUUUUUUUUAUAGUGUUGUGGAGGCUGUGUCAUGCACGACACAGGGCAGGAAAGCCACGUCAAUGGCAUCUUGCACUCCCAGAAAGUAGUCAUUCUUGAUGCUGGAACUCAAUAUGGGAAGGUGAUUGACCAACUUGUCCGUGAACUGUGUGUGGAGUCAGUAAUUGUCCCUUUCAAUACAAGUGCCCAGACAUUGAUAAAAGAAGGCUUUAAGGCUAUCAUUAUUUCGGAUGGUCCUGGUUCUGUUUAUGCUGAAGAUGCUCCCAAGUAUGAUCCUGAUAUUUUUCACUGUGGUUUACCGGUGUUGGGAAUUUGUUAUGGUAUGCAGUUGAUGAAUAUAGCACUAGGUGGCACUAUUCUAAAGAAAGGUAUCCCUGAUGAUGGCCAGUUAAAAAUUAUGGUUGACAACAAGUCCCCUUUAUUCAAGGGUCUUGAGAAAGAACAGCUGGCAUAUUUUACACAGGGAGAUAGUGUGGAUAAGGUCACUGUAAACAUGAAAAGUGUAGCAACUUGUGGGCAUUCUGUUUCAGCUAUUGCUAAUGAUAAAUUAAGGAUAUAUGGUGUCCAGUUCCAUCCUGAGGUCAACUUAACAGAAAAAGGCAAAGAAAUUAUGAAGAACUUUCUAUAUGACAUAGCUAGUUUGAAAGGAACUUUCACCUUGAAAAGUAGAGAAAUAGAAUGUAUUGAGUUUAUCAGAAAGACAGUUGGAGAUAAAAAAGUGCUAAUGUUAGUGAGUGGAGGAGUAAACUCGACUGUGUGUGCAGCAUUGUUACACAGGGCCCUUGGAGAUGAACAACUGAUUGCCAUUCAUAUAGAUAAUGGUUUCAUGAGGAAAAACGAAAGUUUGCAAGUGGAGCAGUCUCUCAGACAACUGGGCGUGAAGUUGCGAAUUGUAGAUGCCUCUCAUCAGUUUUACAAUGGAACAACCAUAUUCCCCAUUGACAAGAAAGAUCCAGUGAGAAAAAGAACUACAAGAAUGCUGUGUAUGACUACAAAUCCUGAAGAGAAGAAGAAGAUAAUUGGAGAUACAUUUAUAAGUGUAGUGAAGGAUAUUGUUUUAGAGCUACAAUUAAAGCCCGAAAAUAUUUACCUUGGUCAAGGUACCUUGCGACCAGACCUAAUAGAGAAUGCCACUAAGCUUGCCAGCCAUGAUGUUAGUGAAGUCAUAACUCAGCAUAAUGAUGCACACUUUAUGCACCUUUUAAGAGAAGAAGAAAAGGUUGUAGAGCCAUUGAAAGAUUUCCAUGAAGAGGAAGUUCGAGUUUUAGGGAAAGACUUAGGGUUGCCAACAGAAAGUUUUCAGAGACACUCGUUUCCUAGUCCAGGUCUAGCUAUUCGUGUUAUAUGUGCAGAAGAUACUUACAUGGAGAAGGAUUUUUCAGAAACUAGUGUUUUAGCUAAGGUUAUUGUAAAUUAUGGUAAUGCUCUUGAAAAAAAACAUGCUCUCAUUAAUCGUGUACAAAAUACUACAAAUGAGGAGGAGCAAUUUUUUUUAAUUAAAGUGUCUCGGGAAUACGAGCUGACAACUACACUCAUACCCAUUCAAAGUGUAGGAGUUCAGAAUGGAAAACGAACAUACAGUUAUGCACUGGGCCUUUCAAGUAACAAAGAACCAAGAAAUUGGGAAGAUAUAAUGGAAUUAGCAAAACUUAUUCCGAGGAUUUCCCAUAAUAUUAACAGAGUUGUAUACAUAUGUGGAGAUGCAGUCCAGUUUCCUGUGCAGGAUAUCACUCCAACCUUCCUUACCACAGGGGUUUUAAGUACUUUACGACAAGCUGAUUUUUUGGCACAGAACAUACUGCAUUCUAGUGGCUACUAUAAUAAAAUUUCUCAGAUGACUGUUAUUCUCAUUCCCGUUCAUUUUGACCGUGAUGUUGUCUCAAGGCAGCCAUCUUGUCAACGGUCAGUUGUGAUCCGGACUUUCAUAACACACAAUUAUAUGAUGGGGAUUCCAGCCACACCUGAUAAACAUUUGUCCCUGGAGGUUAUGAAUAAGAUGGUAGCUGAAAUACAAGCAGUUCCAGGUGUGUCUCGGGUCCUCUAUGACCUUACACCCAGACCUCCUGGGAUGACAGAAUGGGAGUGAUUACGUUAAAUUAGUGUAUAACAGAGUAUCCUAAAAUUAGGUGCACAGACAUGUGGAAUGAGAUGGGGAUUUACUGUUGCUCUAAAGAGAUACAACUUGGAAUAAUUGCUAAUUUGUUUAAUGUUUUGGCUGUAAUACAUGAAAUUUUGAAAGUGGAGAUUUUAUUUUAGGGGUUUUUCUAAAAAAAAAAAAAAAGUGACAAAAUUUAAUUGUAGUUACAGUUAGUUUCAUUUAUAUAAAUAUUAACUAAAAUUUUAUUUUGUUAAAAAACUGAGAAAUGAAGGUUUGAAGUAAUAUGAAAAGGAUGUGUUGUAAUGGUUUGAAAUAAUGGCUCCUGACAAAAUAAAGCUUUUUAACUUAAUCAAAACUAUUCAGCUCAAGAAUGAAAAGGUGUAUUUAUAGAAUCAUAAUUGCUUUUAAGAAAAACUAUCUUGUAAAUAUUGAAAUAAUUCUUGAGGGAGAGAAACUUGCUUUGGGUGAGAAGGGGGGGGGGGUUCUCAUGUUGUCUGAAUGUGUCUUUUUUUAUCAAUAUGUUAUGUCAGUUAUUUGAAAAAGUAGACAAAUAGAAUAAUAAAGUACAGAUAUAGACUUGUGUUUGUAUAAUCUUUGAAAUACGUAUUUGAAGUCAGAAACAAAUGUUUGAAAGCAAGUACAGUUGACUUGACAAAAAAAUGUACUUCUCUGGACAUGGAAAGAGCAGUAAUUAACAUUUCAAGCUGGUGGUAUAUACAACUUAGUUCAAAGUUGCUUUAAGUUGGUAAUUAGAAAGAAAGUAUCCUUUCAAAAGCUUAAUUAUUACUAAUUUUUCAGUAAAUCAUUGAAAGUAAAAAGAACAAAUUAAUGUUUUAUAUUUGAUUUCUGUUUUGAUAGUAUAAAAUGACAUGGGAAUAAUGCCCUCAGAGAAAUUUAUUUUAUUACAUUUCAUAUCUGUUUUUAAGGUAAGCCUUUAUUUGGACUGCAGAAGAUUGUUUACAAAACAAAGAUUACAAGCUAACUAAUACAACUGUGUUUGGAACUCUGAAAAGAUUAAUUUCAAUUCCAUCAAAUUUUUAUCUCGGCUAGCGUUAAACUAAGCUUUAGCGAACGUUAAACAGAAGUGAAAAUUCUUACCAGAUUAAAAAUUUUGUAGAUUUUGUUAAUUUUUGAGACUCAUGAGAUGGAUUAAUGUUUUGUAAUUUUUUUUUUCUUCUUCUUGAUUGCUUAUCUGGAUUUGAAAUUCAUUUCAAAGUUAUCUCCAAUAUAAAAUAUUAGUCUUCAGCAAUGAAAUAUGGACAAAAAUUACAACAUAAUUCACCUGGAAAGUUUAGAUUUUAAAAUCCAAGUGAAGUUUUUCAAUCAGCAUUUUGAUGAUAUUGAUUUUAUAAGUGUAGGUCUUAAAGACUAAUAUAAAUUAGAAAAUAUAUGUUAAAUUCUAAAAUACUUUUAGAUCUUACAUUGGAUAAAAGAUACAACGCGUAUGAACCAAGAUUGUUCUAAAUUAUGGUUUGCUGUAGGCUUUUCAGUUACAGAUACAAGAACAGGUACCAAUAACUGUUGUAUAGAAAUAACAGGUUGUUUUUUUUUAUAUAAAUGUUCAGAAGGAACAAGAGAGAGUUUCUUUGAAUCUACAAGUUUACUGUGAUUCAGUCACUAAGGUUAGCAUUCGAACUAGAUGAGUGUGAGCUGCGAGACAGCUUAUGUUGAUUGUGUGGUUAUAGUAAAUGUUAGUGUUUGUCCAGCAUCUGAAGCAGCAACUGUAAAGAAAAGGUGAUUUGUUUUUAAUUGGAAAAAAAAAAA